AUGAGAAUUGUGUGGUUUUUGGUAUAUGUGAUCUGUUUUGUGGAAGCCGUGAAGGGACGUUUGGGUCCUGGGACUUGUGAUUCUCCCGAGAGUUGUGAUCACAGAGUAAAGACGCUGCUUUCGAUAAUUGAAGCAUUCGGGUACCCGCCGAUAUUUUCAGAGAUUUGGCAAGGUCAUGAACCUUGUAACUGGUAUGGUAUCACCUGUUUUGAGGGUCGCAUCACAUUAGUGACAUUCAUAUCGAUGAAUUUGACGGGAAGUAUCUCUCCGAGUUUUGCGGAUAUCACCUCUCUUUCCGUGAUUGAUUUGUCGCAUAACCGGCUUACCGGGAUCAUUCCGUUCGAGCUCACGAAGUUGAACCUGGAAUCCCUGGAUGUUUCCUACAACGACCUGCAUGGAAAAGUGCCACAGUUUAGAAACACCGUUCCAGACACUCAAGGGAAUCCAAAGAUUGAGACCGGCAUCAUUCACGUUCCUUCACAGCCAAAGAUUCCAGUGCAGACUCUUAGGCUUGCGACAGAUGAUUUUGACAGCAACAACAUAAUUGGCAGAGGUGGAUUUGGAACAGUUUAUAGGGGUAUGCUUCAGGAUGCAACAGAGGUUGCAGUUAAGAGGAUGGAGCAAUCGGUUAUAGGCGGAAAAGGCCUCGAUCAGUUCAAAGCCGAGGUUAGUGUUUUGACCAAGGUUCAUCACCGUAACCUUGUGGUUCUCCAGGGGUAUUGCAUCGAAGGCAACGAGAGGCUGUUGGUUUACCAGUAUAUGCCACUAGGGAGCUUGAGUCGACAUCUCUUCCAUUGGAAGGACCAGGGAUUGGAACCACUCGGGUGGAGUAGACGUCUAGCAGUCGCAUUGGACGUCGCUCGAGGAGUUGAGUAUCUGCAUAGGUUGGCUCACCAAAGCUACAUUCAUAGAGACUUGAAGACGUCAAACAUCCUCCUGGGAGAGGAUAUGCGAGCUAAAGUAUCUGACUUUGGUUUGGUCCGAUCUAUAGAAGAAGGCAGAGAAUCAUUCAAGACCAAGAAUGUUGGUACAUAUGGUUACAUGGCGCCGGAGUAUGCAUUGACGGGAAGGGUUUCUAGAAAGAUUGAUGUUUACAGCUUCGGAGUGGUUCUCAUGGAGCUGAUAACGGGCCAGAAUGCUAUAGACGAGAACCGGUCUGGAAAUGAUGCUCUCAUGGCCACUUGGUUCAAGAAGAUGUUCGCUGGGAAAGACUCAUUCACGAAGAUUAUCGACGAACCCAUCGAGGUCAACGAGGAGACCCAAGGGAGCAUCAGUCAAGUGGCUGAACUGGCGGGUUACUGUUGCGCCAAGGAACCCGAACAGAGGCCAGAAAUGAGUCAUGUAGUCACCGCUCUUGCCUCACUCGUUGAGCAAUGGAAGCCCAGAAAAGUCGAAGAGGACAGCGCCACGGACAUGGAAAUGGUAACAAGAUGGAAGCAGCAGUUGGAUGCAAUUGUAUCUACCUGA